CCUGAGGUCAACUGACAGCCAUAAGGCAUGUUAUGUACCAUGGCAGAUACCCACGGCGUCAUAUGUCCAGCGUCCAUCCACCUGCAACCUCCAGAAUAUAUAUAAAUAAGACAACGAUAAUUGCAUUAUGCACGGGGCCUGCGGGGAGAACUAUACUAUGGGUGUAAGGAAAGUAGAGUCGGGGAGGAAGAGCUCGACGUUGGGAUAAGACAGGAUAAUUUGGCGUAUCAAAGGUGUUACAUUGUUUCCUUGCAAAGGCUGGGCGCUGAACCCCGCAGAUCUGGUAGCGGUUAGCUCAAGCCUAGAGGAUUCUACUCUUGUCCUACUCGCGGUUACUACGAAACAAUUUUGGCUGCAACUUGACGGCGUGGAGCCUUUUAUAAGACCUUGCCUCGAGAUCUAGUCUUUUCGUUUCCCUUGUCUUCAUGUUGUAUGAGUUUGUAAACCGGCAUGUUUCCCGUCGUUCAGUGGCCCGUGUCGUUUCUACCUUUCUCUGCGUACUUAUUGUGACCAUUCGUCCGUUUUCUCAGUUGGGGGGUUCAUCAGCUUUCCUCGCGUUAAGCCUGAAAGAGCUCGUAUUCUCUGUUCAGGAGGAUCUGGCACAGCAACUUGAAAUCACGGUUAUAAACAUCACAGGUGCCCUGGCAGGUAUUGGCGUAUCGACCUUCGCCAAAUACCUUGCAACCAUUCCACAGGAGGGAUCAGUGACAUCCCGUCUCGUACCAGCUAUAUUCCUGGUCACAAUCAGCUUUUUUGCUGGUUGGGCCAAAAGCCGUCUUCCUCGUCUCCAUUUGUCCGCGCGGAUAUCGUGCUUUGUAUCCAUAUGGCUGUUGACUGACAAUAUUGGUGUGUCCUCUGCUGUCCUCUCGGACUCGGGCAGUUUUAUAUGGAUAACUGCGACAGCUGCGUCUGUUUGCUUGUUUUCUAGUGUGUCGAUCUUACAUUGGUCCUCGACUCACCUUAUUGAAGAAGUUGCAUCGACCUUGAGAAUUCUCCACCGAUGCUUAUCCGUGUGCAUGGACAAUCCAUUCACCUGUCCUUCCUCCCAGCAAAUUGCUGACUUGAAGGAUUUACAUGUGGAGCUGGUCCACCGGUCUGUGAUACUGAAUGAGAUGCACUAUCAGGCAGCCUUUGAGCUCCGUAUUGGGCGUGUUAACGUUAAGUCCCUUAAGCCCCUACUGGGCAUCGUUGAACACUUGCGCCGUGAAUUAUCCUGGGGGAUGAUACCUCGGUCAGUUCAAAACAACUGGCCCAGCAAAUCGCAUUCUGCUUCAUCUCCUUCCUUCGAGGCUUCAGCAAUAGAGCUUGGUAAAACCAUCAUGUCCUCAAUCAAAGCAGUGGAAGAUCUAGUGAUCGGCGCGUAUACGCAUGCCUCCCUACGGUCGAAGCCAUUGCAUGAAGAAAGAGAUGCAGUUAUUGCGGCUGCCAUUAGUCUCAAUCUCGCAUGGUACACUGCCAAAAGCGAGUUGUGCAACACUAUUCGAACAUUGAGCGAAAAAUCCGGUUCCCCAUCUGGUUCCAUCAUUCCUUUGCAUCUCCAUCAUCAGUGCCUGUUCGCGACAUCGCUGUUGCAGAUGGCGUAUGACACGAGCCAUAUACUGCAUGUAGCUCAGAACAUUGCCGCACACCACGAAGCCUCUCGACUUCGCUUUUGGCUCCCGCAAUUGACAUGGCAGUGGCUUGGCGUUGCACCCCGAACUUUCAUAAUGGAGGAUUAUGGUGCACCUAUAGCUCAUGAUGCUUUCGAAGCGCCAGACACAACUCUAUCAGAUGAGGAAGUCAGACAAGGCAUUGCUUUUGUUGAUCGACAGGAUGAGUCAAAGAGUCGAGAAGUUUCUUAUGCCCAUGCCAUCAAAAGAAUUUUCGCUGGCCCGCAUUUAUCAUUAAAGGCCUUUCGGAGCUUGUCGUCGGCACCGCAACGCCUUUGGAACUAUCCCGUCUUACUUCGACUUCGACUAGGAACAUCAAAGAUAAUUCGAAACAUGCAACAUUCCACUCAUUUGCAGCAUGCGAUGAAGAAUGCCAUUGGGGUGGCUAUGUUAAGUUUUCCGGCUUUUCUUCCUUCUAACUCAGCAGGUUAUCUGUGGUAUAGGUGGAUCCACGGACAAUGGAUGAGUAUCAGCUAUGUAUGGGUCCUUGAAAUUAAUACUGGAGCGAGCUGGCGCGUCGGUUAUUUGCGUCUCUCAGGGACCAUUCUAGGAGCUAUCUAUGCUUGUAUCACAUGGGCUAUCUGCGGGAGGAAUUCCAUUGGCAUAGUGGCAAUGGUAACAUUGUUUGAUGUACCCAUUACUUGGAUUGUCACGAAAAGCAGGAUGCCGUCCUUGGGUGUCGUCGCGUCUGUUACGCUCCCUCCUAUCGUGUUGUCCCAAUACCUCACACCAGAUUCGGGAUUGUCCGUGCAAAACUUGGCUUGGAUGAGGGCUUCAACGAUUGCUCUAGGCAUCAUCGCCGCGUUGGCAACGAACAGUCUCGUCUUUCCUCGAUACACUCGGGUAUUGUUUCUGAACCAGAUCAGCAGGACAUUGAGUUUGCUCAGCCAGUUAUAUCUGCUCCUUGGACAGGGGAUGUUUCGGAAUAUAUACGCAUUCACGCCACACGACAAACAAGAGACAUUGAAAUUGGAACUUCAAAUUCGUAACGCGUUGCAUCAAUCUUCGUCGCUGCUGACUACUAUGAAUGAUGAACUCAGUCUAGUGCCGAAACCAAUGCGCCACUACCGCGAAGUUGUCCUCAAAAUACAGAAGAUUCUUGACUUGAUGACUGGUCUUAGAAAGAUACGGGAAAACAUACCCCGUAAGGAGACUGUCGCGUCAGUCCUGAAAGAACGGAAGGAAUUUAUAUCCUGUAUCUGUCUCUCGCUGUUUGCGAGUCAACACGUAUUUCGAGCUCGACAACCUCUACCACAAUUUCUCCCAUCUGCGAGGCAAGCGCUUGAAACGCUUGAAUCACAAUUAGAAGCCUCCAUGCGACAGUCUAUCGACGUGGAUGCGUCGGUUAACGGCAUCUCCCUGGCGUACUCAAUUGCGGAACGUGAGGUCAUGAGGGAUAUGGUUGAUACCAUAGAGGGUUUAUUGGAGCUGUGCCGCCAGCUGUUUGGUACAUCGGCGUGGUUGACCCAUACCUGGCCGGAAAUGAGUGCUCACAACGCUGAUGAAGGACCUGGAAUGCCCGGUGAAGGAUGGUUUAGUACAGUGGGGCGCACGUAAAAGGAUAUUUAAUUCAUAGGCCUUGUCAUGUAGCAUAGAUGUGAUGUUACGGGUGAUAGCGGCUUCAAGUAGGUUCAUUGUGUGCCAUUAUAUGUCGCGUUUUGUAAUUAUAACGAAU